UUUCUUCCCACAAUAUAUUUUACGGACACUAUUUUGCAGCUUUCCCUGUUCUUGUGUUAACUGAAAAAACCAAAGUAUAAAAACUCAAGAAUUCGAGCAAAGCUCCUGAAAAUGGUUUUUUUUUUUUUUUUUUUUUUUUUUUAAAUAAUUUAAUUAUUGUUAAUUUAUUUUAUUAUUAAUUUAUAUUAAAUGAAGUUGGUCGUUCAGACCAGCUCUCCUUCAACCUAGGAAUGGAAACCCCCAAAACCCCCAUAUUGCUCUCUUCCUUUUUUGUUCGAAUGAGUUUGAACCCAUCUCUCAUCGAAGACGACACCUUUUAAGGUUGCUGGUAAAAAAACAUGGAUCCUUGGAAUUGCACAUCUUCUGUUGGUGUGCCUUCUUUCGAGAAGGCACCUCGUAAAUUUUCUAAUCAGGUGCCUGAGAAGACUCAAUUGGAGAUUGUAGAGAGAGCUAGUUGCCAUGCUGCUGCUGAGACUAAAGUAGAUGUGGACCUUGGAGAAGUUUACUUUUUGAUUUUGCACUUUCUAUCUUUUGGGCCAUGCAAGAGGACUUUUACACAAUUCUUGGGUGAGCUUAUGGAGAAUCAGCUCUUGCCUAGAAGAUAUCACGCUUGGUUUUCAAGGGGUGGUAUAUCUAGUGGGGAUGCAAGUGAUGAUGGUGUAUCCUUCCCUUUGACUUAUGAUAAACUUAUGGAGAGGUAUCCUCAUGUAGAGAAGGACCACUUGCUGAAGCUUUUGAAACAAUUGAUGGCAAUUGAAUGCUCUCCGUUGCAUGGCAAGGUUAUGCCUAAUGCAGCUGAUGUCCCUACGUUACUGGGAACGGGUUCUUUUUCGCUUGUAGAUUGUGAUAAGAAUGUGACAAAUAAGCAUGGUAAGCCUCUGCCAGCUUAUUUACAUUGGCCUCACAUGCAAGCUGGGCAAGUGCGUGGGCUUGGUUUGAGGGAAAUUGGAGGAGGUUUUACAAAGCAUCAUCGUGCCCCAUCUAUUCGUUCUGCAUGUUAUGCCAUUGCUAAACCAUCGACUAUGCUGCAAAAGAUGCAAAACAUAAAGAAGCUAAGAGGGCAUCGUACUGCUGUUUAUUGUGCCAUAUUUGACCGAUCAGGAAGAUAUGUUAUAACUGGUUCAGAUGAUCGUCUUGUCAAGAUUUGGUCAAUGGAAACUGCACUUUGCUUGGCCAGCUGUCGUGGACAUGAAGGUGAUAUCACAGACUUGGCUGUGAGUUCAAACAAUGUUUUGGUGGCAUCUGGCUCAAAUGAUUUUGUCAUUCGAGUGUGGCGCUUGCCAGAUGGAAUGCCAGUAUCAAUUUUACGGGGGCACACUGGAGCUGUAACUGCAAUUGCAUUUAGUCCCAGGCCGAGUGCUGUGUAUCAGCUUUUAUCUUCAUCAGAUGAUGGAACUUGUCGAAUCUGGGAUGCUAGAUUUUCACAUUGUAAACCACGAAUAUACCAACCAAAACCUGCAGAUGCUUUAGCCGGAAAGAGUAUUGUUUCAUUGAAUUCUGGACCCUCUUCGGUUAGUGGUUCACAAAACCAUCAAAUACUUUGCUGUGCUUACAAUGCCGACGGAACUGUUUUUGUAACUGGUAGCUCUGACACCUUUGCAAGGGUUUGGAGUGCUUUGAAAUCUCAUACAGAUGACCCAGAACAGCCAAUGCAUGAAAUGGAUGUAUUGGCUGGCCACGAGAAUGAUGUCAAUUACGUACAAUUCAGUGGCUGCAUUGUGGCUUCAAAACCUUCAACUUUCGACCCUUUAAAGGAGGAGACUAUUCCAAAAUUUAAGAAUUCCUGGUUUUGUCAUGAUAAUAUAGUUACUUGUUCUCGUGAUGGUAGUGCUAUAAUUUGGGUUCCAAGAACUCGCAGAUCCCAUGGGAAAGUUGGACGUUGGACACGUGCAUAUCAUCUUAAGGUUCCACCUCCACCGCUGCCACCUCAACCUUCUAGAGGGGGUCCCCGUCAGCGAUUUCUUCCAACCCCUCGUGGUGUUAACAUGAUUAUGUGGAGCCUGGAUAAUCGCUUUGUGCUUGCAGCUAUCAUGGAUUGUAGAAUCUGUGUUUGGAAUGCAGUUGAUGGUAGCUUAGUACAUUCAUUGACUGGGCACAGCGCAUCUUCUUAUGUUUUGGAUGUUCAUCCUUUCAAUCCUCGGAUAGCAAUGAGCGCUGGGUAUGAUGGGCGAACAAUAGUGUGGGAUAUAUGGGAGGGCACACCUAUUCGGAUAUAUCAGAUGGGGGACUUUAAGUUAGUUGAUGGAAAAUUUUCAGCGGAUGGGACGUCGAUUGUGCUUUCGGAUGACGUUGGCCAAAUAUAUUUGAUAAACACAGGUCAGGGUGAGUCUCAGAAGGAUGCUAAAUAUGAUCAGUUCUUUCUGGGGGAUUAUCGUCCAGUCAUCUUGGAGGCAUCUGGCACUGUUGUUGAUCAGGAAACACAACUUUCUGUACAUCAAAGGAACAUUCAAGAUCCUCUUUGUGAUUCAAGUAUGAUUCCAUAUCCAGAGCCUUAUCAGACCACAUAUCAGCGGCGCCGACUUGGUGCAUUGGGGAUUGAGUGGCAACCAUCUUCCAUAAAAUUUGCUGUUGGCCCAGAUUUUAGUUUGGGCCUAGAUUAUCAAAUGCCUCCUUUGGCAGAUUUGGAGAGAAUGAUUGAGCCACUUCCAGAAUUUGUUGAUGCCAUGUUUUGGGAGCCUGAAAAUGAAGUCAUGAGUGAAGAUAGUGAUUCUGAGUACAAUGUUACUGACGACAACUCCAGUGAAGGCGGCAAGGAAAGUAUUGUUGUUAGCUCAUCUGAUGAUUCAGAAUGCAGUGCAGAAGAUGAUGAGGUUGGGAAUGGUUAUAAAGAUGGCCUUCGAAGAUCAAAAAGAAAAAAACACAAGCUUCAUUUAAUCUCUUCUUCCGGGAGACGUAUCAAGAAAAGAAAUUUAGAUGAAUCUGCGGGCCCUGCAUCUAGGAACUCCAAGGCCAAGAAACCAAAAACUAGUCGUAAAAUUUCAAAGAAGAAGUCCUCUAAAUCUAAAACAUUGAGGCCCCAGCGAGUUGCAGCGCGCAAUGCUCAAAAUAUGUUUUCUCAAAUUACUGAAACUUCUUCUGAUGAUGAAGAAGUAGAAGAAGAAGAAGAAGAAGAAUUUGAAUCAGAUAAUGAUUUGUCAGAUGGAAAUUUGAUGCUAGAAGAUGUAAACAUGCAGAGCAAUGAAUCUGUUUUGAACUUUCAGAAUAUGCAUCAUGCUAGAGAGGAAGAACCAUCCUCACUUGAAUCAGAAGAAAAGACCAAGCCAUCCAAAUUUUCUGAAUCUCAGUCAAAUGUUCAGAAGAAGCCAAGAUUGCUCUUGAAGUUUUCACUUAAAAAGCAAGUCGUCAGGGAAGACACAAAAUCCACAUGUGACAGACAAGCUGACUCAGUACCUCCACAAAAUUCCGUUGUAGAUCCUGCCUCAACUUCAACAGAUGCAGUUGAUCUGGAGCUGUCUCAAGACCAAAUCAGAAAUGAAUCCACAAUUAUGGGGCAACCUGAGAGAGCUGAGUUUUAUUUGGAGGAUUCUGCAGAGAAUGAAAUUAAAUGGGGAGAGGUCAAGACGCGCACAUCCAGACAUUCAAAAUCAGAAGAUUUUGAUACAUCCACCCAAUUAGAUGACAAUGCUGAUGAUGUAGAAGAAAUAAAUGCUUUGAACGAGCAGGUUAAACCUGAGUCAUCUUUUAUGAGAGAGCAUGCGGUAGAAUGUGGUGUUGCUGCAGCCUCUUUUAGUGGGAAGCUCAACAAGGGAAAUGAAGGCCCAUCAUCGUCUGAUAAAUGCAGAGAUGACCCUUCGGAAACAAAGGAAACUCCCCACUUGAAGCACUCUUGUGAAUUUAAAGAAAGUGCCCCCGUCAGCUCAAUGAAGAUAAAAAUCAAGACGAAGAAAAGGAUAUUAACUGAUCCUAGAAGCCCAUCAACUUUAAAAUUUGUUACAGUUAAGGAUGAACUGACUGGUCCAAGAGAUGACUUUAUGUCUAAAACUCCUAGCAUGGAGCAGGAUACUGAAGUAGGACCAGCUAGAGGUACUCGCAGAUCAUGUUCUUCACUGUUACAUAAGUCUAGGUCUGGUUUAGAACGUUUUGAUAGUAAUUUGGAAGAAACUACUUCAAGCACCAAUUACCUCCGUGAUUCAAUGAUUGAUUUCCCAGAAGCAGGUACUGAUGUAUCGCGUAGAACAAGAUCCUUUACCAUGAAAGCAACUUCUCGGGAAACAAACACAAUGAGUAGUAGCUUUAAGUCAAGAGGAAAUCAUCAUGCCGCAGGAACAUUAAAAGGUGCAGAAGAGUACUACUCAAAAAUGAAUGAUACAUUCCAUAAAAAAUCAAGGUCCUCUAGGAUUCCUCAGGGCACUUCUAAUAAUUGUGACAGAAAUUCGUCAGCCAAAAGGAUUUCAAGCCAACCUGUCGGCAAGCUAUCAUGGCUAACAUUGUCAGAGUAUGAAGAAGGUUAUCGUUAUAUUCCUCAGCUUGGCGAUGAAGUUGUAUAUCUGAGACAGGGUCAUGAACAAUAUGCUGAGUCAGCUAUGCGUGAAGGUCCUCCUAGUGUUCUUAAGAGUAAGCUGAGAGCAGUUGAAAUGUGUAAGGUUGAUGUCCUUGAAUAUGCACGGGAUUUAGGUUCUGGGGAAAGCUGCUGCAAAAUCAGACUUAAAUUUAUAGAUCCUUCUUCAAAUGUAUGUGACAAGUCACUCCAGUUGACACUUCCUGAGCUGAGAGAUUUGCCCGAUUUUGUUGUUGAGAAAUCAUUGUAUGAUGCUGCAAUUAAAAGAAACUGGAGCAUUGGAGAUAGAUGUGAUGUUUGGUGGAAAGAUGCGAAUGGAGAAGGUGGUAGGUGGUGGGAUGGAAAAAUUACUUCAUCUCAGGCCAAGUCAGAGGAGUUUCCUGAUAGCCCUUGGUUAAGAUAUGAAGUUCGUUACAAGGAGGAUUCUGGGGAAGAGACAGAGCAUUGUCCUUGGGAACUACACGAUGAGAACAUAUUGUGGGAACGCCCGCAUAUCGAUUCUGAAACCCGAGACAAGCUGCUGCAUAUUAUUUCAAAACUAGAGCAGUCGGAUGGUGGCAUCAUCCAGCAGCUCAACCAAGUUGUUCGAAAGUCAGAUUUCUGCAACAGGGUUGCGGUUCCAUUUUGCCCGGAACUGAUCAAGUCAAGGUUAAGGAACAAUUACUAUAGGAGCUUGGAAGCAGUGAAGAAAGACAUGAGUGUGAUUUUUGAGAAUGCCAAGGAUUACUUUAAGCAAAAAGAAUUAUUGAACAAGAUUGUACACUUGUCAGAACGAUUUACAAGGAAACUGUCAAUAUUGUGUCGAGACAAUGCAGUAAAUUCUGUAUAGGUUUGCAUUUUCCAUUAGGUUUAAGCAACUCCUAAUUCACAAACAGACAUAAAUCUAAAAUAUCCUGGUUUUAAUGGGAAGGGAAGGGAAGGGAAUGUCUGAGGCAGUGAAAAUGAUUUGACUUCUUGUACCUGAUACCUAAUCAUGUAUAGAAGCAUUCUUUCAAAGCAUAACAACCAUUGAGUCAAUAUAGAGAAUAUUACA